AUAUUUUUGCCACCACAAGGUUUUGUAUUUGUGUAUUUCCAUAUUUCCCCUUUCCAACGCCUCUCUCUCUCUCUCUCUCUCUCUCUCUCUCUCAUGCAUUCCAUACAUUUGUCUAGCCAAUUGUUUCUAUCAUCUAUGUCGACUCAUUCCAGGGAGAGAGGAAGAGCAGACAUGAGUGAUCUGCGAGCUUGGGCCGGCGACUCGUUUCUUCUGGAUUACCAGCCCUCCGAACUUCGAAUCGCGUCGGAGUUCCUCACUAAUUGGCUGCCUUUUCUCUCCAGAGAUCUCUGCCACUCCUGCACUCGCGUUCUCUCCGAUCGCAUCCGCUCUCUCGCUCCAGAAAUUGAAGGCGAUGCAGAACCCACUCACUCGGCCCCAUCUACCCCAAUUAACGUGGAAGUGCCUGAUCAUGAUGACAGUUCUGAUGCACAUUCACUGGGAAGCUGGAAAGGUGGUGCAGAGGAAAUAAAUAUUCUGGACACCUGGAAACAUGGUGUGAACGGGUGUUCUGAUCCUGUUACAAAUGCAUCCACAAGUGAAACAUCUAGUGAGCCCGCAUCUGGUGAAUCUUCAAGAGUGCGAAUGUCUUGGGCAGACAUGGCACAGGAAGAUGAUGAGCUGGAGGAGGAACAAGAAGUGAACAAGCAGUUGGCCGGGUCAAAUUCUUUGAGAGAAGAGGUGGGAGGGGUAGCGAAGGCUCAACAGAAGACACAAUUGUCAAGGGAUCAGAGAGAAUAUAUUCGGUUUAUGAAUGUCAUUAGGAAGAAGGAUUUUAUUUGUUUGGAGAGAUUUAAAGGGAAAAUUGUUAACAUUCUUGAUGGACUAGAGCUCCACUCUGGUAUUUUUAGUGCUGCAGAACAGAAGAGGAUUGUUGACUAUAUCUAUGAACUUCAGGAAAUGGGAAAGAAUGGUAAACUAAAAUCGCGCACAUAUGCUGCACCUCAAAAGUGGAUGAGGGGAAAGGGACGUGUGACUAUUCAGUUUGGUUGCUGUUACAAUUAUGCCACUGAUAAAAACGGGAACCCACCAGGUAUCCUCCAGACUGAAAUUGUAGAUCCUUUACCUAAUCUUUUCAAGGUUAUCAUUAGAAGACUGGUCAGAUGGCAUGUUCUUCCCCCAUCCUGUGUGCCUGACAGUUGUAUUGUCAACAUCUAUGAGGAAGGGGAUUGUAUACCUCCUCACAUCGACAAUCAUGAUUUUGUUCGGCCCUUUUGUACCGUGUCGUUUCUCAGCGAGUGCAACAUAGUUUUUGGAACAAACUUAAAGGCUGUGGCUGCUGGUGAAUUUACUGGUUCCUUUCCAAUUUCUCUGCCUGUGGGAUCUGUUCUUGUCUUAAAUGGUAAUGGUGCUGACGUGGCUAAGCAUUGUGUGCCAGCAGUGCCUGCAAAAAGGAUAUCAAUCACAUUCAGGAAAAUGGAUGAAUCCAAAAGGCCAGUUGGGUUUGUUCCUGAACCUGAUUUGCAGGGACUUCAACCGCUGUCCUAUGAAGAAAACAAAUCAAGGAGGCCAAAUCCUCCAAAUUCUCCCCGCCGUGGGAACAGGCGUGCAGCAGGCAGAAGGGAGCGUAAUGCAGAAGAAGUAAGGCGAAUUGUCGAGAGUCGAAGCCGACGAGGACCUCCAAGGCAGAGGAUCAGGGUGAAUUUGGGAUAAUGCUCUGACUUGUGCAAGCGCAAUCAUUGUUAAAGUCAUUUUCAGCACCGGAUCUCUUACUACUGGUUGGUUGAUCAAGUGCUGCGGUUUCCUACUGGGGAAUGAGCGUGCUUGAAAAAGCUGUGGAAAGAUGAAGUUCCAACUCCGCCUGUAGUCUAGUUUAGAAUUGAGGGUUACCCAUUAAUAUUUUAGUUUGGCUGAGUUCAAAAUGUCCAAGGAGAUGGACAAUUUGAGGAAGAGUUGGGCAGGUUGGCCAGAGUGGUAUAUAUAGGUAUGGACAAUUUUCAGGUGUUUCCCUUCGGCAUUGAGAUGGUAGGAAGAACUAGGAAGUCCAAUAUUUUCCUAUUUUUCCUUUCUUUUUUAAGGUUGUGAUGUUGGCACUUGUAUGAGUGCAUAUAUGAUUUUCUAUUGGUUUGUCAUGAGCUGUGAUUGUAAAAAAGACCGAUCUUGAAUUUGAAUUUGAAUUUGUAUGAUUUAGUUUGUGUAAA